AUGACACAGACCAAUGGCAUUCGCACAAGCAGCCGGUACUCUGUCCUGGAUGGCGCCAGGAAAGCCACCGGAGCUCUGCGGAAGGCUGCAGCCGAACAGCUCUCCCCAAGCAUCCUCCAGCACCUUGAGGCCGUCACUUUGACGACCACUACGGAUGGAACUCAGAUAUACUUCCCUUGCCCGUUCAAGGAGACUGAGGCUCUUGUCGCCUUGAAGUCAGUAGAAGCAAGCGUUGUUGCAGCUAUUGCUGCCGAACGGUUCAAUCAAGAUGAGUCGAAGAGGAAAAUCGAAAUCGACCUCGAACGAACCGCGGCCUUCGGGUUCUCAACAUACAUCGCAACAAUUGGAGGAUUUGGAAAGCAAGAUGCCAAGGUGAAAUCGAAGCUAAAAGGUAGUCAUGCGUCGACAGACCGUCGACAAUUCACUCUGGCUGAUACAAAGUUUGUAGACACCGAUUUGCUGAAGGCGCAGUCCAUCCUGUAUCGACGAUUGUCCGCAAACCUUUACGCAACCAAGAAUCCUGGGGAAUAUUUCCACAUCCAUGGCUCGCUGGAGGCGUCGACGACGUUGCGAAUGAUUGGUUUGGAGCCAUACCGACCCGAUCUCACAGAUUACCGAGGGUGCCUCGACACGAUCGAAAGUCAUGUGAAGCAGUUUACGACCGCAGAAUUGGAGACCAUGAAUGCCAAAGAACGACAGGCCGGUGUCACAACAUUAAAAUGGGACGAUUUUAAGCGCACGAACCAUGGCCGCGCUCUUCUCGCUCUUCCACCUUGGGAGGUCACCAAGAUUAAUGAUUCUUCUCCUCCAGCUGCAUUUUCAUCUCCUCCAGCCCCAGCUAAUCCCACCUCAAAACCGCAAAUCCUCUCCGGCAUACGGGUACUGGAACUUUGCCGUAUCAUUGCCGGUCCGGCUAUUGGCCGAAUACUUGCAGAAUACGGAGCCCAGGUUAUCAAGGUCACUUCCCCGAAUCUUUCUGAUGUUCCCUUCUUUCAAGUUGAUGGCAAUACUGGAAAACACACCUGCGAUUUGGAUCUCAAAUCCUCUUCUGGACGCCGAACCUUCGAACAACUUUUAAGGACCGCAGACGUUGUGCUUGAUGGCUACCGACCCGGAAGCCUUGAGAGAUUAGGAUAUGGCCCUGAGCAAGUCGUUGAGCUUGUGAAAGGCAGAGGGAAAGGAAUUGUCUACGUGGCUGAGAAUUGCUUUGGGUCCGGAGGAGAAUGGGCAGGUCGACCUGGCUGGCAGCAAAUUGCCGAUUGCGUGACUGGAGUCGCUUGGGCCCAGGGCAAGUUCAUGGGUUUGGACGAGCCUGUCGUGCCUCCGUUCCCAAUGUCCGAUUAUGGAACUGGAUGCAUGGGAGCUAUCGCUGCCCUGACAGGACUUUUGAAGAGGGCAACAGAAGGUGGGAGUUGGGUAGGGAGGACCAGUUUGUGUCAAUAUGACAUAUUCCUGCUACAGCUGGGACUUUACGAUGAUGCGGUGCAGGAGAAGAUUCGGACGGAGCAUGACGCCGCAUUCUUUGAUCUAAGACAUGCUGAUAGUGUUGAUGAGGUUGGUGGGAGAGCAUUGCAGAGCAUGAAGCGGGCUCAUCCAGAGCUUUUUGAUAAGCAGCUGAUGCAAACGGCGUUUAGUAAAGGGUAUCAAGAAGAGAUAUCAUGGUGCAGAAGCCCUGUCACCAUAGAGGGUUUGCGAGUGGGCUUUGACCGCACGAGCAGACCGAAUGGGUUUGAUCCUCCAACUUGGGAUGGAUGGGAAGUUGAGGAAGCAGUGGUCGAUGGAUGA